AUGGAGCCUAGUCCAUUCGAGAUGAAAGAUCUCAAGAGAGAUCCUUCAGCGUUGGAGAUAGGAUCUGAUAUUUCCGACCAGCAUCGGUCGGUCAUUGAUCGUGACAAUGAGACUUUGGCACGUUUGGGGAAGAAACAAGUGCUCAAGCGGAACUUUGGCCUGGUUUCAAUGCUGGCCUUCGGAUGUACGGUUAUGAUCACCUGGGAGGGAAUACUUCUGUUAUUUGUAAUUGGAUUCACCAAUGGAGGCUACGCAGGCUCCAUAUAUGGCUUCAUAUUCGUCUGGAUAGGGACCCUGGCUGUUUUUUCGACAAUGGGAGAACUGGCAUCUAUGGCACCGACCUCUGGAGGUCAAUACCAUUGGGUAUCCAUGUUAGCACCUCCUUCAACGCAAAAAUUCGCAAGUUACAUCAUUGGCUGGGUAACAGUCGUGGGAUGGCAAGCAGCAGUGGCUUCAGGAGGUUUCCUCUCAGCAAGUCUGAUCCAAGGUCUGGUGGGAUUGAAUGACGCCUCAUAUGUCCCCAAGCCAUGGCAGGGAGUAUUGCUAUUCUACGCAGCUCUCUUCUUUGCCGUAUUUAUCAACACUGUCGUCAGCCGCGCCCUGCCAAAAGUUGAAAGUCUCAUAUUGGUUCUCCACGUCUUGGGAUUUUUCGCCAUCCUUAUUCCGUUGGUGUAUAUGGCGCCUCAUGGAAGUGCUAAGGAUGUAUUUACCGUCAUGAUGAACGGAGGGGGUUUCCCAACCCAAGGGCUUUCCUUCAUGGUUGGUUUGGUUGGUCCUAUAUUCUGUUUGUUGGGGGCUGAUAGCGCCGUCCAUAUGUCCGAAGAAAUCCAAAACGCGGCAGCCGUUGUCCCCAAUGCAAUGGUUAUGUCCAUCGCUCUGAACGGAGUUUUGGGUCUCAGCAUGCUAAUUGCGGCACUUUUCUGUCUGGGUGACGUGGAAACCGUCCUUGCAGCCCCGUAUGCUUUUAUGGCGAUUUUCAAACAAGCAGUUGGAUCAGACGCAGGUGCCACCGCGAUGUCUGCAUUGGUGACAGUCUUGAUGAUCUGCGCACUCAUUUCAUUCGUGGCCACAGGGUCUAGAAUGACCUGGUCAUUCGCAAGAGAUCGUGGUCUGCCAGGCUGGUAUUAUAUUAGCAAGGUCGAUAGUAAAACCUCCAUCCCUGUCGUCGCCAUAGCUCUCACAACCACCAUCUCUUGUCUCCUCGCACUCAUCAUCCUCGGCUCCAGCGUGGCAUUCAACGACGUCGUAUCCCUCACUAUCAAUGGCCUCUACACCUCCUACCUCGUCGGAAACAGCCUGCUCCUCUACCGCCGCGUCACAGGCGGAAUCAAACCAUAUGAGAGCGUUUCUGAAGGACUCACCAAUGUCCCCGGUGUUGGAAAACUGACUUGGGGCCCGUGGCGCAUCCGCGAACCGUUUGGAACAAUCAUCAAUGCUCUUGGAUGUUGCUUCAUGAUAAUCAUCCUGUUUUUCAGCUUCUGGCCUACGGUUAUGGAUCCCUCCAUCCAAUUGAUGAACAUGAGUUCGCUAAUGAUGGGUGCUACGAUCAUCUUCGCUAUCAUCUAUUAUUUUGUUUGGGCGAGAAAAACCUACACUGGUCCAGUCAUUGAAAUUAGUUAG